CCCCAAGGGGAUGACGAUGUGGAAGAAGAAAUUCUUCUACAUCAAAGCUGCUGCCAUUGUUGCAGAUAUGACGUUUCGGAACGUGACCGAGACGAUCAUCGCGGAGACCAUUGCGGUCCCUAGCUCGAAGUCAGUGGAAUGGUUUCCUCAGUUGCAGACCAUUGAGACCGUGAAGCUGACCAAUACGCAACUAUGGCUGUUGCGUAUGAUGCUGAGGAGGAGCAAAAACUCGAAACCCGUGGUGCGGGAGAAGAGCGGUGGUACGUACUUUUUAUCUGUUUACGUUCCUUAUUUUUGUGUGCGUUACUGAUAUUUGUGUUUGCUAUCCGAAAAUGCUCCUGCAUGGAGGAUGUUUGCCCCGGAUUUCCUGGGUACGGUUGAGACCGUGGUUUGUGCGGAUGGUGAAGAGGAUCACAAUACUAUCAUCCGUAGCAACUUCCGGGUGCCUACUGAGGCUGCACUGGCAGUUGAGUUGCCGUCAGGCAAAGGUGAUCUUGGGGCCUUGGGGGACCCCGAAGCGAAGGGUGUACCAAAGAGGCAAACUGUGAAGGGCGUGCGUUUUCGCCAAAAGAAGAUAAAGGAGGUCACUACUGUGCCUCAUCUGGUGCCGCAGGCAGCAGCCGCGGAGUCACGUUCUGGUGCUGCGAAGAAGCAGGCAGAAGAGGCGGCUGCGGGAGGGACAGCUGCGGGCCCCCCUGUGAUUGGUGAGAAGAGGAGGCCAGAGCAGAAAGCUGCUGGUGGUGUUGAAACCAAACGUCGGAGACUAGUAACCAAAAGGUCUGCUCCGACGCAGAAAAAACCUGCGGUUGUCGUUGGUAAGUGUAGGCUAUCUAGUCUUAACUGUUGUGUAACUAGUUUUGAUAGCUAUUUGACUUUUUUUGCAGAGCCUCAAGAUGAGGAUUUUUCUAUCUUUGAUGCUCCGGAGUCCCCCCCGCGUGCCACGGGUGCGGGUGCAACGGAGGUGCCGUCAACACCUCCCGUCAAGGUGGUACCUGAGUCAACCGUGCAGAAGGAGGGUACCGCAGAGAAUGCUGCGGCCCGGAUAUUUGAUACUGUCGACUCGUCCAACAAUCUGAUCUCUCCCAAUGAGGGAGACGAUUUGAGUGUGCGGUUCACUGCUACUGGGAAGCAACAUUCUGAUGCUGGACCGCAAAAAACUGGCGCUGAAGCGCGACAGCAUGAUGCUGAGCCGCAGAAGUCUUCGGUUGAUAAAGGUACCAGCUCGUCUGCCGGUGGUGCGGGAUUGUCGAGGCUAUCAUGA